AGAACAUCUACAUCACUAUAACACCAAUAAUAGAGGUCGGUAGUGGAGGCAAGGUGGCGGCGCACUGCAAGCAGUCGGCAUGGUUCUGAAAAUCAGCCGCUUGCUGCUCCGCUCGAAGCAAGGGAGGCAUGCGCGCUUGUGCGCAAAAUGUUUCGCUACUCAAGUCGCUGUUGCUCCCGAAAAGAGUUUGCCGCACUUUAGGACUUCAGAGUCCGAUCCCACAAAUCACACCAUCGAUCACGAAGCGAAGUUCUACACCGUCCCGGAACAUGUACAGAAAUCGGUUUUCGAGGUGUACAAGGUGCCCAAGAAGUUUCAGACGAUGAGCGAAAUGUUUGCAGAGAUGUCCAUCAUGGUGCGGCAGCCAUAUCUUGAAGCAAAGUCGUACAUUGAGUCUUACGACUAUUCACUCCCAGCCCUGAGGAUCAUGCUUUAUGGAGGGAUCAAGAUGGCCAAAAUGGGCUGUGGGAAAGCAAUAACACAGGCCCAUCUCUUGCAUUAUGCAGCGGUGAACAACUGGAUUAUUGUUUCCAAAGAAUGGGCUGCCCAUUGGGUAAAACGGCCAAAGGACCAUGCCCCGAAUGCAAGUGAUGAAACGUUGAUAGACUCGCCCAUUGAUGCAGCUGUCUGGCUGCAGCACUUCCGUGUCCUCAACGCCGCCCGUCUGAAAGAGCUAAAUCUGACCACUACGCAGACCUACAACUGGUCUGAACGAGAAGCUACGCAGAAGGGAGAGCCAUUGACAAACAUAGUGGAUCAUGGAGUUGAACGCAUGAAGCACGCGUGCAGCUGUAUGGGAGCUCUACUGCAAGAGAUCAAGAUGCACACUGACUCUGGGAGGAUGAAAACCAUGGUCAUUGUCAAAGGCGUGAACAGCUUCUGGCAGGACACUUACAUCCGCCGGCUCGAUAAAUCUUAUAUUCCAGCAAAGGACCUCACAAUAGUCAGGGCUUUCAAGGAAAUUCUUAAGAACGACUGGAGGAAUGCAGCCAUAGUUGUGAGCGUAGAUCAGGCUGCCCUGUCCUUGAAGCACCUUGGAUUCACGCAUGAGAACGUGCCCUGCUACUAUCCAAAAUACCUUCUGGGCCUUGAGGGGUUCGAGUUCUUUGAACCAUUCAUACCAGUUCAUGUGCCCAAAUACAGUGAAAAGGAAAUUGACAGUUGCCUCGAUUACUACCUCGAUCGGGGUUAUAUUCAGAACCCGAAUGGUUGGACAGACGAAGGCAAAGCAGAGUUGAAAUUCUUGAGCGGUUACAAUCCCCGAGAACUUGGAAAGAUCUGUCGCUGGCGGUGACUGCGGUACAUCUCUUAAACUAGGCAGAGUCAACACAAGUAAGCUUUUAGCAAAGAAUAAACGGAAUGCAUUCUGUUUAUCAAAUGUAAAAUAAAGUAAUAAUACCAGUGUUAUCAGCCCAUUCAUUUCUUCCACACAU